GCCACACCAUGUUUUUUGAGGCAUUUCUUUUUCUUCUUCGCAGUAACGCCCAGAUGUGGAGAUUUCAAAAGCUGCUGUUUACCUUCUGCUUUGUUCUGGAUUCAGACAUCGGAGCAGCACAGUUGAUCGAUGUGUCUGGAUAUGAGGGGAGAAACGUGAACAUUUCCUGCUCCUACGAAUACGGUUAUGAUACUUAUGAAAAAUACUUGUGCAGAAAUGACUGUGGUGAUGCGGAUGUGCUUAUUACAACCACAGAAGUUCAAAAGAAUAGGUACUCCAUCACUGACGACACAAGUGUGAGAGUGUUCACAGUGACCAUCUCUCAGCUCAGUGCUGCUGAUGCUGGGAAAUACUGGUGUGGGAUAUCUAAGAGUUUCACUGAUAUCUACACCGAAGUCAAACUAAAUGUAAAACCAGACAGCUGCUGUGACAGUGUGACCAUCAUUCAAAGUUCCCUGGAAAACUCAGUGUCCAUUAGCUGUCCGUAUAAAUCUGAGUUUCUGAACAGCCUGAAGUACAUCUGCAGAGGAAAGCAGCCGUCCGUCUGUCUGCAGCAGGCUGUGGUCACCUCUGUCAACAAACUAAACAGACGAUUUGGACUUCAGGAUGACAAGACGUCGAGACACUUUACAGUGACCGUGACCGAUGUGACUAAAGACGAUGCUGGGUCGUACCUCUGUGGUGUCCAAAGGAACAAUCACCUGGACGAAUUUAAUCACAUUCAACUGGAAGUCAAAGACUGGUGCUGUGUAAAAUUACAAGAAGUGAGUGGGUCUGUGGGACAGCCGGUGACGCUGCAGUGUCCAUACCCACCACAGCAUGUGUCCAACAGGAAGUUCCUCUGUAAAGGAGAACGCCGCAGAAGCUGUAGAAAUGUGGUGGAGAGUCAAAGUCAGACUGACGACAGGUUUACACUGCAGGAUAACACCGCCUCCAGCUCCUUCUCUGUCACCAUCGUAAAGUUGGAAGUGUCUGAUGCCGGAACAUACUGGUGUGGUUCAGACUCAGAGUGGAGCCUUGGAAACUACACCAAGAUUCAACUGUCUGUAGUCGUGGGGGCACCGGCCUCAGCACAAGAGCCCAAACUCCCCAGCCACUUCAACCAGCUCCUCUGGGGGAAUCCCGAGGUGUUCCCAGGGCAGCUGAGAGAGACAAUCCCUCUAGCGUGUCCUGGGUCGGCUCUGAGGUCUCCUCCCAGAUGGACAUACCCAAGAAGUAUCCAGGAAGCAUCCUCACUAGAUGCCCAAAGCACCUAAACAGGCUCCUCUUGAUACGGAGGAGCAGCAGCUCUACUCUGAGUCCCUCCUGGAUGUCUGAGCUCCUCACUCUAUCCUUAAGACUGAGCUUGGCCACCCUGCUAAGGAAACUCACUUCAGCCGCUUGUACUCACAACCUCAUUCUUUUGGUCAUUACCCAGAUCUCAUGGCCAUAUGUGAGGGUCAGAACAUAGAUCGACCAGUAAAUUGAGAGCGGAUUGGUUUAACAUGGCUGCCCCAAUCGCCUGUCGAUCUCCCGCUCCAUCCAACCCUACAGCCUAUUGCCCCUCCGACCACCACCAAACAUUCAGACACAUUCAUACAUCAGUGUGUUUGGCACUGAAGGCAAGGAGGGUGAAGUGUGUUGCCAAAGGACACAACGGACUGACUAGGAAAGAGCAGGAUUCAAACCGCCAACGGUUUGAACCUUCGGUUAUUGAACCAUUGAGCUCUACCACCUGAAAUACUACAUGUCUUUAUGUAACACAGAUCUACAAGUAAAAUGCCUUGAGAAUAAAAGUUUUUACACUUUGCCAAGAUUCAGUCACUAAUAAAGAAAAAUCAGUUAAAAAUGCUGAGUGGCUGUAGUUUCUGAGACAUAGUCUUGGGUCAAAAUGUGAAAUUCUGAGAAUUAAAGAGAGAAUGGGUUUUACUCUAAAGGAAUGUUUGUUUCAGAGCUACCAGAUCUACUUCAAAACACUGUCUGUACAUUACAAUACAGUCACUUUACAGGUUAUUUCCAGUGGAAGAUUUAGAAAUCUAUUGUAUAAAUGUACAUAAAUCAAUAUGUAAUAACACUUUAUCAUGAAAACACUGGCUAACCAGCACUUUUGUCAUUUUUUUCCCAAUUCAUCUUAUAGAAGUGUGUAAGAUUUAGCACAUUUAUCUCCAAGGCAGAUCAUUUCUUUAAAAAAAAAUUGCAGACCAGUCUAACCAGUGUAACCAGACCUCUGGAUUGUGCUGUUAUGGAUAAUAACCAACAACCCAUAUUGAUAAGUGAAAAGUAGGGGACCUCACAAACCUGCUCAGCUCCUAUGGAAUAAAAUAAAUAUGAAUCAGGAUCAGUUAACUUAUGACCUCUAGCUAAGUUAGUGGUACUAGUAGCCACAGCCUGGCCAAAACAAAACAAAAAAAAGUCCCCACCUGGAUUUAACUAAGAAAACAUAUAAGAGCCUUCCAUUGGACAGUUAAUGCAAAUGGUUUUACCCUCAUUAAUAAAGGGAGUAGCAUCUCCUUUGCUGACCAUGUCCGAAUAUACAUAUCACAGGCAUGGAAAAGGUGAAUCUCACUUUCAAAAGCGUCCAAUUAUUGGCCUGCAUAAAGGAAACCAAACUUCUAAGGACAUGCUGAAACUGCUACAAAUCUGUUAAAAUCUGGAAUCUGCUGGAAGGACAGACAUGAACCAUCAUUGUGGAGAAGGAAAUAUGAUUGGAAAAAAAUGUCUAAUGAUCGUGAUUGAAGAUCUCUUGUCAUUCAACUGAUUUUAUGUAAUUACAAUUACAUAAAACAAGUUACUAGUUUUGUCCAUUCAAAACUGAAUCUAACAGGUAUCCCACAAAUCAUU